GAUGACGUCAUGUUGCUAGGGGAAGCGCAGCGGGUCGCACUCUGGUGACACAGAGGACGUGCAUUGGCGGAAGGAGGGAGGCUACAGCAUGGCUUCUGUGAUCCUGAGCGAAGCCGAGAAGGUGUACAUUCUGCACGGGAUUCAGGAUGAUCUGCGGACAGACGGCAGAGGGUGUGAGGACUACCGAGGGAUCGAAGUGGAGACCGAUGUUGUAUCAAAUACUACUGGAUCUGCACGUGUGAAAAUUGGCCACACCGAUGUCCUAGUGGGAGUGAAAGCAGAAAUGGGAACCCCGAAGUUGGAUCACCCUAAGAAAGGCUGCCUGGAGUUCUUCGUAGACUGUUCUGCUAAUGCCACUCCAGAGUUUGAAGGACGUGGAGGAGAAGAGCUUGGCACGGAGAUCGCCCACAUGCUUUAUAAAAUAUUUGAUAACCAGAGCAGCAUUGACCUGGAGUCGCUCUGCAUUCUGCCCGGCGAGCACUGCUGGGUCCUUUAUGUGGAUGUGCUGCUGUUGGAGUGUGGAGGAAACCUGUUUGACACCAUUUCUAUAGCAGUAAAGGCAGCGCUCUUCAAUACAAGGAUACCUAAAGUACGUGUACUGGAAGAUGAUGAGGGAUCCAAAGACAUUGAACUUUCUGAUGAUCCUUAUGACUGCGUGCGGCUGAAUGUAGAGCAUGUCCCCUGUAUUGUCACACUAAGCCGAAUUGGUCACCGACAUGUAGUAGAUGCCACAUUGCAAGAAGAAGCCUGUUCUUUGGCAAGUCUUCUUAUCUCUGUGACAAGCAAGGGUACUUUGACUUGUAUGAAAAAAAUAGGCAAGGGAAGUCUGGAUCCAGAAAGCAUCUUCGAAAUGAUUGAGACGGGGAAGCGAGUUGCAAAGUUCUUACACUUGUCCUUACAGAGUGUAUUAAACCAAGAAGAAAGCCUAGGGAAGAACAGGCAAAAGAUUGGCUUCCUACGGUGAACAGUCUGAGCAGUGUAUUUGGAAAAGCAAUAAAGAUUAUUAU